GCAAAACAAAUAAUAAAUUUAUUACUUCUCAGUAACAAUUUCUAUCUAUAUAGUGAUAUCACACCGGACGAGUUCAAAAAGAAAGCGACGACUUAUUGUAUACGGUUUGGUCACUCGUUAUGGUCCGCGAACCAGUUGCCAGUGCAAGGGGCAAAACAAAUAACAAGUUUACCACUUUUUAGUCAUUUUUACCUAGAAUUCAAAAAAAAAGCGACGAAUUAUUGUAUACGGUUUGGUCACUCGUUAUGGUCCGCAAAUCAGUUGCCUGCGCAAAGGAAUUCAAAAGAAAAGCGACGAAUUAUUGUAUACGGUUUGGUCACUCGUUAUGGUCCGCGAAUCAGUUGCCUGCGCAAGGGGUUAAUAUUUAGAGAACAUUUUGUCCCAAAAUUGCAAUAUUUCCUCAGUUUUAAGUACGUUCAAAUAUAAAGGCAAAAAAGAUAACAAAUUUAUUACUUGUUAACAAUUUCUAUCCAGCGAUAUCGUACCGACGAUUUAGGUUAGGUUUAGGUUAGGUCACUCGUUAUGGUCCGUGAACCAGCUUAAGGGGUUAAAAAGAUCGUGUUAUUAAAAAAUAAUUUAUUUGAGUUGUUACUGUUGUUAAUUAAAUCUCAGUCUCCCAACAGCAAAGUGUUAA